AUGGUGCGCAGCGAUCCUCGCGUCAAGGAGAUCGUCAACGACUACCUCCCCUCGAAUGCUCGUCUUCGCCAAAAUCUACUGCCAUGCGAGACGUACCCCGACGUGCGUCACGUCGCCAUCGUUAGCCUAGGAGCGUCAAGCGCGUCGAGCUUGGGCAAAGUCUUCGGGAUCUGUACUCUGCCCCGACACCGUCGAUGUGCGAACCACCUCAAGCCCGGCGCGCUGCAGAUGACGGAGGCGCAGCUCUACGAGGUCAGAGCCCGCGUUGCAAGUCUCAACCCGCCUGCCAGAAUUGGUGGUGUCACUUUCGUUGGCGCCCAACUUCCCCCCGCGUUGAUCGCUGCAGCCACCGGGCCAGGGCGCCCUCAUCUCCAGACGGAGACGGUGGUCGUUUAUGUAUACAUAAGGGACGGGGACGUUCCUGUCUCCCUCCCACUUACGUGUGUGGACCGUGGCAUCCAGCUGCAACUCACGUUCCGUCAGCCGAUUACGUGCGACAUCCUCUCGCUGAAGCCGCGGGAGAACUACGAGUUGUAUGACGCCCAGUUGGGAGAGUUUGUCGGCUUCCCGCGAGUGAACGAGCAUCGUUACUUCCUUCGCGAUGAGGUCCUCGUAUACAGGGCUCCAGGCGUCGUGGACUGCCCCGGUUUGGAAGAUCUGGUGCUCACGAGUCAGCAGGUUCUUUACGACGGCCCGGCGCCCUUGCCGUCGCUGCUGCAGCACAUGCAGGCUCGCGACUCGGGCGACCGCAGCCCAUCACCUGAUCACAGCUCGCAGGCGCUCCUGGUGUCGACGCCGGGUCGCGUUUUGCGCUCAGGGCGUGUCAUUACGUCCGAUGCGAGCCCGUCCACGUCGUCCACGUCUUCUCCGGGCUCCAGUCGGCGCCACAGUCUGCCUAGUUCUUCGACCGGAAGCUCAUCGGCGGGACACAAGAGGAAGCGCGGCGAUCUCCCGGCGUCGCCAAGCAAGCGUGCCGCAAACAAGGGGAAAGCCCGCAUGGAGGAGCCGGACGACGCGGACGAAUCGGAUGACGAGGUGUGGGUGGUUGUUGACGACGAUGAGGAGAUCGAGAUGCUCGUUUCGAAUUGA